AGUCGUCCACGGUGCCAGUGGCAAAUGACUUUUAAAGUUUCAUUAAUAUACAGUUUAUGUUCCUUCUUUACUCUUAUUUAUUAUUUAUUCAAAUGAUUAAUUAGUUUAUGUUCUUUUUUUACUCUUAGAUCAUUAAUGUACAGUUUAUGUUCCUUCUUUACUCUUAUUUAUUAUUAAUUCAAAUAAUUACUUAGUGCAUGGAGUAUUUUUAUUCUCUUUAUCUCUUAUAAACUCUGACAAGAAAAAACAUGUCCAACACUUCUUGCUUCUUUUUUCCUCCUCCACUUCACUGGAUUUCUUUGUAAGUCAUCCAUCGCAGCAAAUUUCUUCGUCAAUCACUUGUUGCAGCCUCAUCACUCCGCCGUUUUCUUAAUGCCCACAACCCUUUAUAACUUUGAAAAAAAAAAAUUUCUUUUUCUUUUUAGCAUAUAAAAAAAGCGUCAAAAUUGAAGAGGGUUCAAAAUCGAAAGAAGUAAACACAUGAAUUAGUCGACUGCGUUUAUAUUUACUUUAUAUGAAAUUGGACCGAUGAGUCUACUUAGCACCCGGAGACUCCGAAUUCUGGAUCCGCCUCUGACAGCAACUUUACCAGUUACUCCGAGGCUCCCUUCAAAUGAAUGAAAUGAACAAAAAUAUGCUUACAAAAAGUGUAAAAUUCAACCAAUCUUUUUUCUCAUUCAACAAUGGAGCUACGACAAUUUUCCCUUUCUCCUGCCACUUUCCUCACCAUAUUGCUUCUUAUUCUCGCUGUGAAGUACUUAUCCAAGACAAUAGUAUCAAAAAGACCAACUCUAAACUUGCCUCCAGGUCCAUGGAAAUUGCCUCUCAUAGGAAGCAUUCACCAUUUAAUUGCCAACCAAUUACCUCUCCAUACUCUGAGAGACUUAGCGAAAAAGCACGGUCCGUUAAUGCACUUGCAGCUUGGUGAGAUCCCUACGGUUGUUAUUUCGAGUCCUCGUGUAGCUCACGAGGUAUUAAAAACUCAUGAUAUUGCAUUAGCAAAUCGUCCGGAGCUUUUAAGUAUCAAGAUUUUGUGUUAUAACUAUUCGGACAUUGCGUUUGCACCUUAUGGAAAUUACUGGAGACAAAUGCGUAAGUUGUGCGCGUUGGAACUAUUGAGUGCAAAGAAUGUGCAGUCAUUUGUCACUAUUAGGGAGGAAGAAGCAUUCAACCUUGUUGAAUCUGUGAAAUUAACAUCUGGAUCCACUAUCAACCUUACAGAAAAGAUGUAUGCUCUCACAAGUGCUGUAAUUUGUAGAGCAGCAUUUGGGAAGAGGAGAAAAGAUGAAUCAGCAUAUUUCAUGUCUUUGAUAAGGGAACUCUCUUUAAUGAUAACAGGUUUGGACAUAAGUGAGGUGUUUCCUUCAUUCAAGUUUCUGCAAGUCAUUACUGGGACGAAAGCAAAAUUAGUGAAGCUUCACAAAAAGCUUGACAAAGUACUUGACCUGAUUAUAAAGGAGCACAAGCAAAAGCUGGAUGGUGAAGAAGAGUCGUCAACAAAAAACGAUUUGGUGAAUCUGCUAUUAAAGCUCCAAGAAAGUGGCACUCUGGAUUUUCCAUUCAGUACAGACAAUAUCAAAGCAGUCAUAUUGGACAUAUUUGUAGCAGGAACUGAAACUUCAGCAACAGUUCUUGAUUGGGCAAUGGUUGAAUUGAUGAGAAACCCCAAAGUUAUGGAAAAGGCACAAACAGAAUUGAGAAGAAUCCUCAAGGGAAAACACAAAGUAACAGAGAGUGAUUUGAAACAAUUUAGCUACCUUAAAUUAGUAAUUAAAGAAACUAUGAGGUUACAUCCACCACUUCCUCUGUUACUGCCUAGAGAAUGCAGGGAACAUUGUGUAAUUGAUGGAUAUGACAUACCGAUGAAAGCAAAAGUUAUAGUGAAUGCUUGGGCAAUAAAUAGAGAUGCUGAAUUUUGGGAGGAUGCUGAGAGCUUUUUGCCAGAGAGAUUCAUUAAUUUUGAUUGUAGUACUAAUAUGGAAUUUAUAGGACAGAAUUUUGAGUAUUUACCAUUUGGUGGAGGAAGGAGAAUAUGCCCUGGAAUUUCAUUUGGGUUAGCAACUAUUCAGCUACCUUUAACUCAACUUAUUUACUAUUUCAAUUGGAAGCUGCCUCAUGGGAUGAAACCUGAGGAUGUUGAUGUUACUGAAUCUUCGGGUACUAGCUGCGGCAGGAAAGAUAAUUUGUGUGUAAUUGCUACCUGUAAUGAACAUGGAAUUUGAUUGCUAGAAAUCAAUAUUGAAAAUGAAAAAGAGAUGGGAGACUUGUAGUAUGCUA